AUGGGUCAUUCACGACGUCCGGCUGGCGGGGAGAAGAAGAGUCGCGGCUUCGGUCGCUCCAAGGCCGCCGCCGAUGUGGGCGACGGGCGACAGGCGGGCAAGCCUCAGGUCAAGAAGGCCGUCUUCGAAAGCACAAAGAAGAAGGAGAUUGGUGUCUCAGAUCUUACCCUCCUCAGCAAGAUCUCCAACGAGGCCAUCAAUGAGAAUCUCAAACUCCGCUUUGAACAUGACGAGAUCUACACAUACAUUGGACAUGUGUUGGUGUCUGUUAACCCGUUCCGCGACUUGGGCAUCUAUACCGACCGUGUCCUCGAGUCCUACCGGGGGAAGAACCGACUCGAAGUCCCGCCCCACGUUUUCGCGGUCGCAGAGUCCGCCUACUACAACAUGAAGUCAUACAAGGAUAACCAAUGCGUGAUCAUUUCAGGAGAGUCGGGUGCGGGUAAGACGGAGGCGGCCAAGCGGAUCAUGCAGUACAUCGCCAGUGUAUCCGGGGGCAGCGACUCCUCCAUCCAACAGACCAAGGACAUGGUUCUGGCCACCAACCCGUUGCUAGAAUCGUUUGGUAACGCAAAGACCUUGCGCAACAACAACUCAUCCCGUUUCGGAAAAUACCUGGAACUGGAAUUCAACACCAAUGGCGAGCCGGUGGGUGCCAACAUUACAAACUACCUGCUGGAGAAGUCAAGAGUGGUGGGACAGAUCACGAAUGAGCGAAACUUCCACAUUUUCUACCAAUUCACCAAGGCUGCACCGCAGAAGUACAGAGAUAUGUUUGGCAUACAACAACCUCAGUCCUACCUCUACACCAGCCGAUCGAAGUGCUACGAUGUCCCCGGAGUCGAUGAUGCCGCCGAAUUUAGAGACACCAUCAAUGCCAUGGGUGUCAUUGGAAUGGCCGAAGCCGAACAGGACGAGGUGUUCCGCAUGCUAGCUGCGAUUCUGUGGAUCGGAAACAUCCAGUUUGCCGAAGACGACUCCGGAAACGCUGCCAUCACCGACCAGUCGGUGGUUGACUUUGUCGCAUACUUGCUGGAGGUCGAUGCCGCGCAGGUGAACAAGGCGCUCACCAUCCGGUUGAUGGAGACGGCCCGCGGAGGCCGCAGGGGAUCGGUCUAUGAGGUUCCGUUGAACACGGUGCAGGCGCUGGCUGUUCGUGAUGCGUUGUCCAAGGCGAUCUACUUCAAUCUCUUUGACUGGAUUGUUGGGCGGGUCAACUCUUCGUUGACCGCCAGAGGGUCGGUGGCGAACUCCAUCGGUAUCUUGGAUAUCUACGGGUUUGAGAUUUUCGAAAAGAACUCGUUUGAGCAACUGUGUAUUAACUACGUCAAUGAGAAGUUGCAGCAGAUCUUCAUCCAAUUGACCUUGAAGGCAGAGCAGGAUGAGUAUGCGCGCGAACAGAUCCAGUGGACCCCGAUCAAAUACUUUGAUAACAAGGUGGUCUGCUCGUUGAUUGAGGACAAGCGUCCACCGGGUGUCUUUGCAGCGCUGAACGAUGCCUGCGCGACAGCGCAUGCCGACUCCGGCGCGGCGGACAACACAUUCGUCGGCCGUCUCAACUUCCUGGGCCAGAACCCCAACUUUGAGAGCCGCCAGGGCCAGUUUAUCGUCAAGCAUUACGCCGGUGACGUCAGCUAUGCAGUCGAGGGCAUGACCGACAAGAACAAGGACCAGCUGCUGAAGGAUCUGUUGAACCUCGCCGGUUCCAGCAGCAACCAAUUCGUUCACACCCUCUUCCCCAACCAGGUGAACCAGGAUGAUAAGAGACGCCCGCCCACCGCCAGCGACAAGAUUAAGGCGUCUGCCAACGACCUGGUGGCAACCCUGAUGAAGGCACAGCCGUCUUACAUUCGGACCAUCAAGCCCAACGAUAACAAAGCGCCCCGGGAGUAUAACCAAGGCAACGUGCUGCACCAGAUCAAGUAUCUGGGUCUGCAGGAGAACGUCCGUAUUCGUCGCGCUGGUUUCGCCUACCGUCAAACGUUUGAUAAGUUUGUGGAACGCUUCUACCUGCUGUCGCCCAAGACAUCUUACGCCGGUGACUACACGUGGACGGGCGAUGAGGAGUCUGGUGCCCGCCAAAUUCUCAAAGACACCAGUAUCCCCGCAGAAGAGUACCAGAUGGGUAUCACCAAGGUCUUUGUCAAGACCCCGGAGACGCUAUUCGCCUUGGAGACGAUGCGCGACCGGUACUGGCACAACAUGGCCAUUCGGAUUCAGCGUGCUUGGCGCAACUACCUGCGCUACCGCAUUGAAUGCGCCAUCCGCAUUCAGCGUUUCUGGCGUCGCAUGACAGGCGGUCUGGAGUUCAUCAAGCUGCGUGACCAAGGACAUCAGGUCCUCCAGGGCAAGAAGGAGCGGCGCAGGAUGAGUUUGCUCGGGUCGCGUCGCUUCCUCGGAGAUUAUGUGGGCGUUGGCAAUAAGGGCGGACCGGGCGAGAUGAUCCGGAACGGUGCAGGCAUUAACGGAUCGGAAAAUAUUCUCUUCUCUUGCCGUGGCGAAGUAUUGAUUUCUAAGUUUGGCCGGUCCAGCAAGCCUGCACCGCGCAUCUUUGUUUUGACCAACCGACACGUCUACAUCGUGGCACAAACGCUGGUCAACAACCAGCUUCAGAUUGCGUCAGAGAGGACGAUACCUAUCGGAGCGAUCAAGUCCGUCAGCACAUCGAACCUGAAGGAUGACUGGUUCUCGCUCGUGGUGGGCGGACAGGAGCCGGACCCACUGAUGAACUGUGUCUUCAAGACGGAGUUCUUCACACACCUCACCAACGCACUUCGGGGACAACUGAACCUGAAGAUUGCCGACCACAUCGAGUACAACAAGAAGCCGGGCAAGCUGGCCACCGUCAAGGUGGUCAAGGACCCCGCAGCCUCGAAUGUCGACAGCUACAAGAGCAGCACCAUCCAUACGAGUGCCGGUGAACCCCCUAGCUCUGUCUCCAAACCCACGCCACGCCCCAAGCAGGUUGCUGCGCGACCCGUGACGAAGGGCAAGUUGCUCCGGCCUGGUGGUCCUGGCGGCGGGCCCUCGAAGUUGGCAUCCAGACCUGUACCGGCGCGCCAGCCUUUGCCUCAGUCCGCAGCGCAGCCGGCUGCCGUGCAACCACCCCCCGCCCCCAGGCCAGCUGUGUCGCCUGCAGCGCAGCCCAGACCGGUCCCUCAACCUGUUGCCGCGGUUGCCGCAGCGCAGCACACACGGAAUGCAUCCACCAGCUCCGCAAGGGCGCCGCCCCCACCUCCCCCGGCGACGCCGCCAGCCCAGAAGAAGCCAAUGGCGAAGGUGUUGUACGACUUUAACAGCGACCAGACCAACGAACUGUCGAUCCGAGCAGGCGAACUUGUGCAGAUUGUGUCCAAGGAAGGAAAUGGAUGGUGGUUGUGUAUGAACACAGCGACAUCGGUUCAGGGCUGGACGCCCGAGGCCUACCUUGAGGAGCAAGUAGCAGCGUCACCCAAGCCUGCACCGCCCCCGCCGCCACCGGCUGCACCCCGCGCCAGCCCCGUGCCGGCGACUAAUGGUGCCGCCGCCGCAGUGGCCGCCAAAGCCAAGGCCAAGCCAGCACCGCCGGCCCCGCCAGCGAAGCGGCCCAACAUGGCUGGGCGGAAGGUGGCGCCCACACCCCCAGCAGCACCGCGCGAUAGUGCCGUGAGCAUGAACUCGCACGACUCGUCUGGCGGCAGCGGACGGGGGACGCCGAACAGCGCGUCGAACGCGAGUCUGGCGGGAGGAUUGGCGGAGGCACUCAAGGCGCGACAGCACGCGAUGCAGGGACAUCAUGAUGAAGACGAUGAGUGGUAG